CGAUUCCAGUGCGCCUGCCCUUCGCUCGCAUCGCAUUGCUCCUGACCGCGUUUUCAUCUCUCUGGUGGUGCUGGAAUCUCGAUUUGCCUGUAACGAAUGGUCGCGGAGAAGAUUCCGCGAAAAUCGGAGCGGUCAACGAUCCUCGCCCGAUCUCGAUCGAACGCGAUCUCCUCUGAUCAAUCGCAAUCGAGAGCCGUCUGUUUCUUUCCUCCUCCGGGCAUUUCUUUCCCUCAAGUCGUCCUCCUCGAUUUGUUCUGGUCUCUGAGCUCGGCCAGUACCAACAGUACAAGCAUCACGUCGCGAUGACAAGCCAGAAAAAGGACUACAUGACAGUCUCCGCCGUUCUACGGCGGUGCCACCAAUGCGGGAAACCACAGGACGCAGCGAUCAAGAUGAUGCGCUGCUCAAGAUGCGCAUCGGUGGUAUACUGCAGCAAGGAGUGCCAGAAAGGAGCUUGGCCUAUACACAAGUCUUCAUGCCGCCCAGUAGACGAGACCAAUCCGGAGCGCAUCAUGAAAAACGUAGAGGUUAUUCUGUACGGCUUCAGGACUGCGGACGAGUUCUCGCAAGCACUCCGUGACUUCAUCGAGGCGCACACCUGGGCCUUUCAGUCCUACGCGAAGGCGCACAUCCUCAUGGAAGGCGGCGCAGACUACAUCCACAAGCCACCAAAGCUCAUGGAGGUCCAGCUACGCUGCCUCUGCACACCCGGUGGCGCACGGAACCCCGCGCGGACUUUCAGCUUCCUCGGGCACCGCUGGCGCACAGUCGCAGAAUACACGAGCAAACCGAUCGGCGCGCGUAACUGGGCGCGGUCCGCGACGAUGCGCGAGGCGGCGCACCAGUACAACAGCGGAGACCCGCGCUUCGUGGGCAUGCUUCCGGUGCUCUUCGCCGUCGAGGACAUCAGCUCGUGGCAGACGUUCCUCUACCCCCAGUACCGCCCGUACGCUGCGUCCUUGAAGGGCCCCAGCGAGGCGACGUUCAAGGGCCUGAUGGGGGACGUGAUUGCGCUGUGCGCGAGCAGCAUCGAGCACGGGCUUGCGCUGCGCUGCGCGGACGGGCAGGAGUCGAUUGCUGCGCUGCCGGGGCGAUUCGUCCGCGCGAACAAGCUGUGGACCUGGGAGCCGCUUUUUACAGACUGGGAUCGGUAUCUGGCGGGGCCGCGCGGGAUCGAAGGCGUGGACGCGCUGCUCAAUCUCGUCCGAAAUCCCCACGUCACGGUGCCACAACUUUUGCAAACUAUCCGCGUAAUAUCCUAGCUCUAUGUCGAAUUAGGAAUGACACACGAGUAGCUCAUGUAGACUGUAUAUGAGCGAUCCCCGGCCGCGACAUAGAACUCGACGAAAAACACCCUAUCC